CUGCGGCUUCUUGUUUGCCAACUCCACCCCCAACCCCCCACCCCCAGGAAGGUCUGUCUGGCUGUCCUGCUGGCUGGCAGUUCUAAUACAAACUCUCGGCGGACUCUGCGCCUACUCCGAGUGCCAGAGCAUUUGCUGGGGCUAAACGCAGGGUGAGGAGGAUCGGGGUGACCCCGGGGCUCGACCGAGGUGGCCCGGGGGCCGCGGGCUUGGCCGGGACGCUCGGGGAUGGGGCGGGGCGCCCUGUGACUCCGAAGGCCCCGCCCGCCCCGCCACGCGCUCCCUGGCCGAGCGCGCUGACUGCCGCGCGGUUUUUCGGUGCCCUGCGCUCGGCCUGCGCGGACCCCGCUGCGCACCCGGCUCUCUCCGCGCCCCAGACCCGGUUCUUAGGAAGUGGAUUGUUUUGAAAAUAAAGUACAUCGUGAAGACCUCUAAGGGACUCGCUCUUGUCAUCUCAAGUCUCUGAAGGCAGAGCUGACAGUUUUCCUGGGAAGUUCACCCUCCCGGAGUGAAACCUUGACUCUCAGGAUGAUCCUGUCUAACGCCACGGCCGUGACACCUGUGCUGACCACGUUAUGGCAGGGGACGCUUCAACAGGGCAGCAACACGUCUGGGCUGGCCCGCAGGUUCCCAGGCCAUGAGGACGGCAAGCUGGCAGCCCUCUACAUCCUCAUGGUCCUCGGCUUUUUCGGCUUCUUCACCCUGGGCAUCAUGCUGAGUUACAUCCGCUCCAAGAAACUGGAGCACUCCCAUGACCCAUACAACGUGUACAUUGAGUCCGACACUUGGCAGGAGCAGGACAAGGCAUACUUUCAGGCCCGGAUUCUGGAGAGCUGCAGGGCGUGUUACGUCAUUGAGAACCAGCUGGCUGUGGAGCGACCCAGUGCAUACCUUCCCGAGAUGAAGCGGUCGUCCUGACCCCAGGACCAGUCAAAACUGGACAGAGCCUCCCUGAUGAGCUGAUUUUUCUAAUCACAUGUUCUUUUUUCUUUAUUGUAUGAGUAUAAUUGGGGUUUUUGUCUAUCAUAAGGGGUGAAAGAGGGAUUUAAUAUCACUAUAUUUCUAAAAUCACAUUCCUUCUAUAAUAGAUUGUCAGUCGUUCCCCA